UUAAAAACCACUACAAUGUUGUUGCGGGUAAUUCUUGCUCCAGACAAUAUCAGAAAAGUAUCAUGCCCUGACAAUGUAUCGACCCUUGAAGACCUCAAAUCUAUUCUUUGUGAGAAACUGAACAUAGAAAGUGGAUUCACUAUACAAUUCGAAGAUCCUGAUUUCAAUAAUGAACUGUGCAAUUUAACCGACAUUAGUGAACUUCCAGCAGACAAGGCCACCUUAAAGAUUUUCUGGAACAUUUUAGUCACACCAAUAGAAGAAAACACUUUGUCUGAUUUCACUGUAGAUACUGCUAGUGUUUCAAGUGACUCGUCAUUAUCACCUCAAACAUUUAACAGAGUGGAGCCAUGGCCCAAGGAGUUUCCAAUUCCUAAGUUUUCUUUGGAGCUUGAACUUCGUCUCCAGAAAGCAAAUGAAUUAUAUGAACAGAAGAAGAUUCCAUUGGAUGUCACUCGUGACAUUAAAAUGGAAAUACUUUGUAAAGUUUCAGAGGUAAUGUUUUCAUACAAAACCUACCCAAAUGAGUCAGAAUGUGAGAAAGUUGCUGCAGCUUUGAUUGUCAAGCAUCCUUGUCUCACUGAGGCCACAGGCGCUGGUUGGCUUGGAUGGAAAGUAAGUAUUCAAUAUAAGAUGAACAACCUUCGGCAAAAACUUCGGUUUGCUGGCUGUGCAGAAGUGCAGGUAAAUGCUUACAAAAGAGGAUUUGGUUCUCCCAGAGGUUGCCUUAAGAAACCUCGUAAAUCUGAGGUAAAUUUCUUGCCAAAUCACCCUGGUAGUCAAAAAGAUGAAGAUCUUGAAACAGAGAGGCAGCAGCUUGAGGAUGAAGUGAAGAAGAAAAAUAUGAACCUGGACCUAAUCAACACCAAAAUGGACCUCACUUUUUCCCUGAGAAGAAAGGAGAUUGUCAUGGAUGAACCGCUGGUCUCUGUAGUCCAACAGAGAUGGCCAGGCCUUUUCAUAGAGCAACAGACUAUGGAUGUUACCACACACAAGAGGGCAACGGUUCUACAAGGACUACCUCUGUACUUAAGAGAAUACAAGAAGUUAUCAACAACAUGUCAUGAUACAGACUCCCUUCAAAUAUAUACAAAUGAAAUGAAGAUAGGAAUAUUAGAGGUUGUGAGGCACCAUGAGACCCAUCCUGGAGCUGCAGCAAUGAAUGUGGCUGUGGUAAUAGAAGGUCAAGUAGUAAUUGAAGAGCUUGCCGACUUCACAACUGCAUUUGUCAUACUUGUUGGUCUUCUGUAUGCUCUAAACAUUCAGUACCCAAAAGAACUUAAAUACACUUUUGAAACAGUGCAGAAGGUGUUUCUAAAUAUUGGAGACUCAUACUCACAUAGAGUAUUGUCACUCAAAAAUAUGCUGUAUAAAUGUUAGACAAAUGUGUCUCAGAUCUGCAGAAUAGGAUGUGCUUGUCUUUUGAUUUUAGAUUAACAUUGCGAUAGCUACUUUUCUUUGUGUGAAAUUCUUUUUCAGUUGCACUUUAGUGUUA